UUCCAGUUCCUGACAGAGCUUACCAGGCUCUUUCAAAAGUGCAGAACCUCGGGGAGUGUUUUCAUCACGCUGAAAAAAUAUGAUGGCCGAACAAAACCAGUCCCACGCAAAGGCCACGUAGAAAGUUUUGAGCCAGCAGACAAUAAGUGUCUUCUACGAGCAACUGAUGGAAAGAAGAAAAUUAGCACAGUGGUGAGCUCAAAGGAAGUAAAUAAAUUCCAGAUGGCAUAUUCAAAUUUGCUGAGAGCCAACAUGGAUGGGUUGAAGAAAAAAGACAAGAAAAGCAAAAACAAGAAAAGUAAAGCAACACAGUGAUGGAACAGCCUCCUGCCAUCACUGUAACAGACUUGACCCUUGCUCAAAGUCCAUUUCUUUUUGAGUUACCACUUGUCUUUGGCUUUCCUUCCAGCAGGAUACCAGGAUGUGAUCAGUACUUCCAUUUAAAGUGAGAGCAGAAGGUGCUUUCUGUGGACUGUUGUGCAGCAGUAAUAUUUACAGGGUUAUGCUGAAAUAGCUUUACAGUCAGCUGCCAACUAGUUUUGUACUUAAUACUGCUGUUUUUAUUAUACAACUGGGAAGAGUAAAACCUGUUUGGGGGUUAACACAGGGUGAGGAGAAAUGCACCAAACUGGGAGGAGGCUGAGGCUGGAGCAGGAGUCUCAGUGACACAUGCCCAGUUUUACAGCUAAACCUCACUAGCACUAGGGAAAGUGGGUGCCAACACCUUA